AUGACGGUUGCAGUCAUUGCGCCAAACAUUCCAGCCAUGUACGAAGCCCAUUUCGGGGUUCCAAUGUCCGGUGCUGUACUAAAUGCCGUUAAUGUUCGUCUAAACGCGCAGACCAUAGCUUUUCUUCUCGGACAUUCACAAUCUGCAGUCAUUAUGGUUGAUCAAGAGUUCUUUACUUUAGCCGAGGAAUCUCUGAAAAUUAUGGCAGACACGCAGAAAGAAAAGUUCAAGGCUCCGAUUCUGAUCGUGAUCGCGGAUGAGAACUGCGACCCUAAGUCACUGCAUUACGCGCUAGGAAGAGGAGCCAUCGAGUACGAGAAGUUUAUGGCAACUGGCGACGCAAACUUUGAGUGGAGGCCACCAGUAGACGAGUGGCAAAGCAUCACCUUGGGUUAUACCUCAGGCACAACGGCUAGUCCUAAGGGAGUCGUGCUGCACCACCGUGGGGCAUAUCUCAUGGCUCUAAGCAACCCCGUUGUAUGAAUGCAAGAAGGCGCUGUUUAUCUUUGGACUCUACCGAUGUUCCAUUGCAACGGUUGGUGCUUCACUUGGAGUCUCGCAGCACUUUGUGGGACGAGCAUAUGCCUUAGACAGGUAAAUCUCGUCAAAGGUGUCUACUCGGCUAUAGCAAAUCUGGGUGUGACUCAUUUUUGUGCUGCACCUGUGGUUCUCAACACCAUCGUGAAUGCCCCAAAAAGCGAGACAAUCCUCCCCCUCCCUCGUACGGUCCAUGUGAUGACAGCCGGUGCUGCUCCGCCCCCUUCGGUUCUCUUUGCAAUGUCGCAACAGGGCUUCCGUGUCACCCACACUUACGGACUCUCCGAAACUUAUGGUCCCUCGACUAUAUGUGCGUGGAAGCCCGAGUGGGACUCGCUACCACCUGAAGAUCAAGCCCGUCUAAACGCGAGGCAAGGGGUCCGAUACGUUGCCCUAGAGGGUUUGGACGUCGUCCACACCGAAAACAUGACACCCGUGCCCGCCGAUGGCAAGACGAUCGGAGAGAUUGUCUUCAGGGGCAAUGUUGUGAUGAAGGGAUAUCUAAAGAACCCGAAAGCGAACGCGGAGGCUUUCGCCAAUGGAUGGUUUCACUCCGGCGACCUAGCCGUGAAGCACCCUGACGGGUACAUCGAGAUCAGGGACCGAUCGAAGGAUAUCAUCAUAUCCGGAGGCGAAAACAUCAGCAGCGUCGAGGUUGAGAACAUUCUCUACCAGCACCCCGCGAUAUUCGAGGUCUCGGUCGUGGCCCGGCCGGACGAGCGGUGGGGCGAGUCGCCCUGCGCAUUCGUGACACCCAAGCCGGACGUCGACGUGGCCAACCUGGCGGAAGAUAUAAUGAAGUUCAGCCGCACAAAGAUGCCGGCGUACUGGGUCCCCAAGUCCGUCGUGUUCGGGCCGUUGCCGAAGACGGCCACCGGGAAGAUACAGAAGCAUCUGUUGAGGAGCAAGGCGAAGGAGAUGGGGCUAGUGAGGAAGAGCCGGAUGUAACCGCUCGGUGCGGGCCCAAGUCGGCCCCCACCGCGGGAAAAUUACCGGUUUAAAAACUCCUGAUUAAUGCUGUCAAAUCUGUGUAACAUAUUUUGUGCCUAUCUUCGAGAUCAUUUUGGACAACGUAACAUUAUGUGAUUUGGGUAAUGGAUAAUGUUGAUCGUCGUUGGAAUAA